AUGCCGCGUAAUUGUAAGCAAUGGUGCUCUCCCACUUCUCUUCUUUUGAUAUUCCGAAACCUUUGCAUUUUACAACGCCCCUUUCUUCUCUCCCCAUUACCCUUCGUCAAAAAUGCUCAUUUUCCAUGUUCCAUUUUUUCCUCUUUUUGGAAACCCUUUUCCAAAAAUAGCAACCUUCAAGUCUCAAAACCAGGUUCAAUUUCAAGAAUAUUAAAAAUAAAAAUUAAAACAGUUGGUACUUCGUGUGGUGGUUGAAGCGUUGGAAUCGAAAAGCUAUUUAUAUACAAUACCCUUUUGGAUUGAGUUUGUAGAUAGACUAAAUUAUUUGGCAUCACGAGCACAUAGUAGAAGUUUCAAGAAGCUCUUGGACCAUUGGUGUUAUGAAUUUUGUUAAACGUUUGAGAAGUAACGGCCAAACUAUUAGAGAAGACCAUGACUAGUGAGACUUGUGGAAUUUCAGGCCAAGAAGUUGGCAAUGUUGUUCCGCGUGAUGAAAAUUGUGAUGACAGGCGUAGGCAUAAUGUGUCCGUGCAAACAGGCGAAGAGUUUUCAGAGGAGUUUCUUAGAAAAAGUGUGACACCAAGAAAAGCAAACAUAAUAAGAGAUACAGAACAAAAUCAGCCAGCUAGAGGUGUUUCUAAUCUAUCUCAAGAUUGCCGUCUUGUCUCUAAGGAACUUCAUGACCUCCUUGGGAUAAAGAGAAGAGAUUCUGACUGCAGUACAGAAAUUUCGGAUUAUUCUCCUAGGUUAGCAUAUGCACCGGAAGUUGAAAAGAACACUUAUUUUGAUUCGACAAGCAGAUGUAACGGGGAAUUUAGUGUUAGUGUACGACAACCUUCUCGGUUCUCAGAUGAGAGGAAUAGAGAUAUAUUAGAGUCCCCUCAUGCACCGGAAGGUGAAAAGAACACUUAUUUGGAGAGUUGUGCCAAUGGAAAGAUGAGAUUGCUGUGCAGCUAUGGUGGUAGGAUUUUACCAAGGCCGAAUGAUGGGAAGCUUAGAUAUGUGGGUGGGGAGACGAGAAUUAUAUCAAUUAGGAAGAACUUAACUUUUAAUGAGCUUGUGAAAAAGACAACAGCGAUUUGUAAUCAACCUCAUACAAUUAAGUAUCAGCUUCCUGAAGAAGAUCUUGAUGCACUAGUAUCCGUGUCAUCUGAUGAGGAUCUUCAGCACAUGAUCGAGGAAUAUCACGACUUGGGAAAAAGUUCUCAAAGGCUACGGUUAUUUAUUGUGCCUUGUGCUGAUUCUGAGGGGCCUUGUUCCUUUGAAGCAAUGGCAUUACAGCAAAGUGAAGCUGAUUAUCAGUACGUCGUUGCAGUAAAUGGAAUGUUUGAGCCAGGUCAUCGUAGAAGCUCUAGCAGGGAUACAUUUGGAAAUGCACUGGACUACAGUCCAAUUUGCCAAAGAGAUUCCCCAACUUAUCUCCCAUUUGAUAACCGUAAUGGAAGUAAUUCAAUGAAUGUGAAGUUUCUGCUCCGAAAUCCCAAUUCUUCUUAUGUUAAUAACAUAUCUCAGGUUCCCUCUACUUCAUAUGUUCAGUCGUCUCCUUUAUCUCCAGCAACAUUUCAGAUCAAGGAUCCUAACCGUUCCCAUGUCUUUUUAUAUGAUAAUGUUGCCAGUCUUGACGUUCCUGAUGCCGGUAGUCCAUAUACCAUAGACGAACCACUAUAUGAAACUUCCUAUCAUGUUGAUACCACAGGCUACUAUUAUAAUUGUCCCCUUGAUACCACUCCAAGGACAAAUUACCCUAGCAAACAAUCUGUGUCUUCUGCGCAGUUUGGUCAAACAGAGUUGGAUUCUAAGAGGCUAAUGUCAAACAAAAUGGCAAUGCAUUUAGAAAAGUUUAACUCUUCUCAAGUAUCUGAUAUUCAAGCUACAACGGCUUUCAGCAUGCAUCGUGAUUACACUGAAUCACGAUCAGCUGAAAGGCCCAAUGUAUCCGCAGAAGAAUCAAUCAGCCCGUCCCCUUCAGAUUUUCUACCUGAAAAAUCUCCAUCUCUUGCAAUGUCUAGCUCAUCACAAGAGUGGUCAAUGAAAGAGAAUGAGGUGAGAGAUGAUAAUCACCGAAUCACCAAGAAGGAGAAUCAACCAUAUAUAGAAGCAAGAGAACGCAACAGAGAGUAUCUAGAUCCUCCUUCCAACAAGUGCAGUAGAAGCUCUGAGGUUAAUACAAGCAACGUACCAACUGUUAACGCCAUGGAACACAAGUUGAAAUUGCCAAAAAUUCUAUGCUACCCGGAGUCAGCAUCAGAUCCCCAAAUACUAGGGGAAAGACACACUUCCCCAAAUACUAUGAGCAAUGUAACAGACUCCUACAGAUUUUAUAAGCCACAGCCUUCCACAUUAAAGGAUAGUACUGGCCUCCAAAACAUGCACUCUGUGCCAUUUUCAUCCGAGGAAUCUAGUUUUUAUUUGGAUUGGAGAAAUCCCCUUACCAGUGAUAUAUCACUUCCAAAUUCAGCUACAGAUGUCGCUUACAUUCAUGAGGUCUCUUUCCAUCGGAAACUUGCGGAUGGUCCUUCUCAUAAAACUAUGGAAAAGGGAAAUGCUGAUGUUAUUUCAGAAAUUGCUGUUAUUGUGGAAGAUGUAACUGAUAGUGUGCCUCCUGAUAUCCCCUUAUCUUCAACAGUAAUCCCACAUGUGCAAGAUGAACCUAGUGAUGGGAUUCCAUCUGCUGAAGAAGAAACUGAUGCCGAGAGUGUUGUUGAAGAAUCUGAUUAUGAUGUCAAAAUUGGUUCUAACGGAAAGGAAGAAUCUGUCUCUGAUGCUGCCAUCAUUGAAAAAGAAGCCGGGAUCUAUGGCUUGCAGAUCAUAAGAAAUAGUGAUCUUGAAGAGCUACAAGAAUUGGGAUCUGGAACAUAUGGAACAGUAUAUCAUGGGAAGUGGAGGGGAACAGAUGUUGCUAUCAAGAGAAUAAAACAAAGUUGUUUUGCCGGGAGUUCAUCUGAGCAAGAACGACUGAUCAAAGAAUUUUGGAGAGAGGCUAGGAUCCUCUCCAAGCUUCACCAUCCAAAUAUAGUGGCUCUCUACGGGGUGGUUCCAGAUGGACCUGGUGGAACGGUGGCUACAGUUACUGAAUACAUGAUCAAUGGAUCGUUAAGGCAUGUCCUGGCUAGGAAGGAUCGUUCUUGCAGAGCCCUUGAUCGGCGGAAAAAACUUAUGCUUGCAUUAGAUGCUGCUUUUGGUAUGGAGUACCUGCAUUUGAAAAAUAUUGUUCAUUUCGAUUUGAAAUGUGAAAACUUGCUAGUCAACUUGGGAGAUCCACAACGCCCUGUGUGCAAGGUUGGUGAUUUUGGAUUAUCUCGGAUUAAGAGAAAUACCCUUGUUUCGGGUGGUGUUAGAGGAACACUUCCAUGGAUGGCGCCAGAGCUAUUAAAUGGAAACAGCAGUCGGGUUUCAGAAAAGGUUGACGUGUUUUCGUUUGGCAUCACAAUGUGGGAGAUCUUGACAGGAGAGGAGCCUUAUGCAAACCUGCAUUGUGGCGCUAUUAUCGGUGGGAUUGUAAAUAACACACUCAGACCUCCCGUCCCACAACGUUGUGAUUCUGAGUGGAGAAAAUUGAUGGAAGAGUGCUGGUCACCUGAUCCAGAAGCAAGACCAUCAUUUACACAGAUAACAAACAGAUUGCGCGCCAUGUCACAAGCGCUCCAGCCAAAGACUCGAUUAAGGACAUGAGAUUGUACAUCCAUGCCAGUGUAAAGAAUAGUUUAAAUGAAAAGAUAGUAAUCGUCCAUUCUGUUAAAACAAUAAGUUUCCCCGUGUAAAGACAUGAGAUUAUACAUCCCAUGCCAGUGUGAAGAAUAGUUUAAAUGGAAAAAAGAAUAGUAAUUGUCCAUUCUGUUAAAACAAUCAGCUUCCCUGUGUGUAAAUGAUGAAGAAUACAUCAUGUUGAGCAUUGGAUGCAUAAAUGAUAUACGAGAUUAGUUCUCCAAUUUACUUCA